AUGGACUUGCUACAGAGUGUCCGUAAGGAAGGCAGCCGGGGCGGCCGUACAGACUUCAAAUGGGAAGAUGUCAAAGCAGACCAGCACCGCGAGAACUAUCUCGGCCACUCGCUGAUGGCUCCUGUUGGCCGCUGGCAAAAGAACAAAGACCUGAACUGGUACGCCAAAGGCGACUCCGGCCAAUCUGCCGCCGAUGCCCGCGCCGAGGAGAUACGCCGAAUCAAGGAAGCGGAAGAGGACGCCAUGGCCGCAGCGCUGGGCUUGCCCGUCAAGGAGAGGAACAACCCCAAUAUGGCGCCUUUGGGAGGUGCGGCUAGUGAGGCAGAUGUCAAAAAGGCAAUUGCAGAGGCGACAGCAGGCGACGAGGAUGAAGGCGGCAAGGGUGUUGGAUACAAAGGUUAUAAUCCUCGGCCGGGUCCCGGCGCGACGGAAGCGGAAGUCCUGAGUGGAGAAAGGGCGGCGAAAACACCGACCGACGGCGGCGAAGAAGAUCAAGGUCGCGCUCACGACAUCGGGAGAGGGACAGCCAUCGGCGACACAGGUCGCGCUCACGCUCCCGAGACAGGGAAAGGCGGAGGUCACGAAGCAGAGAUUAUCGAAGGGAUGAUGAGCUGCCCCACAGACACCACCAUGAUGGGCGUCGUUCGGACUCACGAGAUAGAACCGACCGACGCCGCAAACGUAGGAGUAGAUCCCCAUACGAGCGUUCUGAUACUCGCUCACGGCGGCAAGAUUGACGGAAAGAAGAUGGAAGUCUCUACUAUACAUUAA